AAAGGAACGCGUACGUGGUCAUAUGACCAAGCAGGCGUGUUUUCAUUUCCCCCAACGUUACGCCGAAAAUAAUAAACACGCUUUCUUCCGUACAAGUAACGUUAAGUAACAAAAUGACAAAGCUUCAGAUCAUAAACACGUUUCUGACGGAACGCUUGAUGGCGGCGCUGAAUGAAAUCAUGGACAUGAUUGGCGGGACUGUCCUGCAGUAUGAGACCGAGCUCGAGAGCAUACAGAAAGACAACGAGUACCUCAGACGAAGACUCCACGAGAUUGAGAAACAAUUCGAGCCCAACGAUGCGGGAACCCCCGCCCCUGAACCAGCAUCUCUACCCCAGCACCUGAAGUGGAGGUCUAGCUUUGAAACCGAGCCCACAGAAAUCUAUCAGGACCAGGUACUCACUGACCAGCUCACCAGUACAAAAGUGGAAGAGUUCUCAAGUCAGCCCCUUUUGGUGAAUGAAGCCCAUUUAUCUUCAUCUCCAAUAAGAAGCACACUCACUGCAGCAACAGAUGAGAAUUUGCAAACAAGCACAUUUCCAUGUGACAUAAAAACAGAGCCUUUGGAGAAUUUUGAUUCACAGUUCACUAACGUUAACACAUCAACCCACAGUCCGCCACCUCAUUGCACUGCUCAGGUGUCAGCCGCUACUGAUGACCACAUGUCCGAUUUUAAUAUUUUCAGCUUAUCGAAUUCUACAGUGGAUCUAGAAUCACAUAACUGUGUGAACAAUUGCCGUAUAAACACAUUAAAUCCUAGAACUUUACAAAUGUCCAUCAACCCCAGUGUGUUGAAGACCUCCUGCCCAGAAACAGACUUCAACUCCACCACUUCUUAUAAAAACACUGACUUAGGAUCACCCAAAAUCAGGAUUCACGAUGCAAGCACCAAUGGUCAUCUUACUGUCGCUGUCAAUCCUCCACGUCACAUCACACCAUUCGGUAGAGAAUCCAGGCUGGGACAGGGUAAAGGACGAGGCAAAUGUCAGGGGAAGCAUGUGUGCUCCCAAUGCGGAAAACUGUUCCCUCAUCAUUCACGGCUGAAGGUGCACAUGCGCAUUCACACAGGGGAAAAGCCGUAUGCCUGUGCCCAGUGUGGAAAACGUUUCAACAAUGACGGAACUUUGAGGAACCACAGACGUGUGCAUCUGCAGUUGCGUCUCUAUGACUGUCCGGUGUGCUCGCGCAGCUUUAAGGAUGCGUACACACGUCGGAAUCACAUGCGUUUGCACGAAAGGUCUCAUCAGGCGACCUAAACUAUCGGGACUUAACGGGACUUAAACUAUAAAUUUAGGGAUGGUUUUCUCAUCGUUAUCAAUGUAUUGAUCACACUAUUUUGGAUGGAUACAGUUGUGUUAAGUUAUUUUAAGCGGUACAAUUGUUUUCCUGCUCCCAACAUUAAAUGUUAAUUUGACAUGAAUAAGAAGUAAGGGGGGCUUGCCUUUUUCAACAAGAGACUCUUUCUUUUUAUCAAUACAGCGUUUGAUGGUGUUUUUAAAACAGUUUUGAUGUCAUGUUGUUUGCACUGCCAUCAGACUAAUAGGAUGUCGCUAACAAUAAAAGAAAUCA